GAGGGCAAGGGAGCGGUGCCGGCCGCGGCGCAUGAUGUGGGUGCCGCUGCUGGCGUGCCUUACCGCGGGGAUUGUCACCGUGCCCAAGUGCCAGCGCGGCCCCGGACCCCUCCUGGGGGCGGCCCGGCUUCUGGCGGCCGUGCCGGGACUCUGCCAGCGCCCGGAAAACAGAUGUGCCACUUCAAAUGCAGUGACAUGUACAAAGUGUCUUGCUUUGGGUCCAGAGUGUGGUUGGUGUGCUCAAGAGGAUUUCAUGGCCGAUGCAACACAGAAGGGACGCUGUGACACUGUUUUCAACUUAAUGAAAAGAGGCUGUCAAUCAGAUUUCGUAGAAAAUCCCACAGUUCAUGUCACAAUACCCAGUGACCAUGAAACAAAUACACAAGUGACACCAGGAAAAGUUUCAGUCCAACUGCGACCAGGAAAUGAAGCAAACUUUAUGUUAAAAGUUCAGCCUCUAGAGAAAUACCCUGUGGAUCUUUAUUAUUUAGUUGAUGUCUCAGCCUCUAUGCACAACAAUAUAGAAAAACUAAAUUCCGUUGGAUUUGCUUUAUCUAAAAAGAUGGCGAAUAUUUCUCUUGAUUUUCGACUUGGAUUUGGAUCCUAUGUGGAUAAAACUGUGUCACCCUAUAUUAGCAUUCAUCCAGGUAGAAUCCAUAACCAAUGCAGUGAUUAUAAUUUAGAUUGUAUGCCUCCUCAUGGUUAUAUUCAUGUGCUAUCCCUGACUGACAAUAUAGCCGAAUUCAGAAAUGCAGUGAAUAAACAAAAAAUUUCAGGAAAUAUUGAUACACCUGAAGGGGGUUUUGAUGCAAUGCUCCAAGCAGCUGUGUGCCAGAGCCAUAUUGGGUGGCGUAAAGAAGCAAAACGACUGCUUCUUGUGAUGACAGAUCAAACUUCCCAUCUGGCCCUUGAUAGUAAAUUAGCAGGGAUUGUAAUUCCACAUGAUGGCAACUGUCAUUUGAAAGAUAAUGUGUACAUCAAAGCCACGAGUAUGGAACAUCCAUCUGUUGGUCAGCUCUCUGAAAAAUUGAUUGACAAUAACAUCAAUGUUAUUUUUGCAGUUCAAGGAAGCCAGUUUCAUUGGUAUAAAGAUCUGUUACCUCUGUUGCCUGGUACUGUUGCAAGACAGAUAGAAUCACAAGCAGCAAAUCUCAAUGACUUGGUGGUAGAAGCCUAUCAGAAACUAAUCUCUGAAGUGAAAAUUCAAGUGGAUAACCAGAUCCAAGGUCUUCAUUUCAAUAUCACUGCAAUCUGUCCUGAUGGAAGUAAAAAAACGGGCAUGGAAGGAUGUAAAAACGUGGGCUAUAAUGAAGAAGUACUUUUCAAUGUAUCAGUUACAAUGAAAGGCUGUGAUGCAACUGGAGUAAGAAAAUAUGCAAUACUUAAGCCUAUUGGUUUCAAUGAAACUGCCAUUGUUCAUGUGCAGAAAAGCUGUGCAUGUCAGUAUGGAGACAGUGCAAGACACAAAAGAGUAUGGGCUGAUGAAAGUUCUUCUGAUGGCAAACAGUCCUAUUGCAAUGACAGUAAUUGUAGCUCUAAUAGAGAUAAGUUUUCUUCGGAGAGGUGCAGACAGCACCAGGACCAGCCCAUCUGCAGUGGUCAAGGAAAUUGCAUAGAUGGAAAAUGUUUCUGCUACAAAAACAAGUUAGGCAAAGUAUAUGGCAAGUACUGUGAAAUGGAUGAUUUUUCCUGCCCUUAUCACCAGGGAAACUUGUGUUCUGGUAAUGGUGAAUGUGAAGCUGGUAAAUGCAAAUGCUUUGCUGGCUGGGAAGGUGACCGUUGCCAGUGCUCAUUACAAUCAGCAAAGCACUGCCUGAAUUCAAAGGGCCAGAUUUGCAGUGGAAGAGGAAAAUGUGUAUGUGGAAGGUGUGAGUGCUCAGAUCCAAGAAGCUUUGGCCGUUUGUGUGAAUAUUGCCCUACUUGUAACAAAGCCUGUGAAGAAAACUGGAAUUGUGUUCAGUGCCAUCAUUCUAGCAAUGCAUCUCAAGUAAAACUUGACCAAUGCACAAACUCAUGUGCUUAUCUGCUGCAUUAUACUGACCAAAUUUCAGAAUGUUUCUCUGGACGAAGCUACUUUAGAGUCUUUUGCAUAAUCUUUAUAGUUACCUUUCUGAUCGGGUUGCUUAUUGUCCUUAUCAUCAGGCAGAUAAUUCUGCAGGGAAGUAGCAAUAAAGUUAAAUCGUCAGCUGAUUACAGAAUAUCUGCAACAAAGAAGGAUAAGAUGUUUCUGCCUACUGUUUGUACAAGAACAGUAACAUACAGACGUGACAAACCAGAGGAGAUAAAUAUCGACAUCAGCAAGUUACGAUUAAAUGAAACUUUCAAGUGUGAUUUCUGAAGACAGUGUGUUUUCUGCAAAUGUCUAUUUCCAUCCUGCUCGACUUUUUAACAGUUACCUUUUUUGCUCUGUUGGAGUCUUGACUGUUGCUGUAUGGUUUUGCAUUGUAUAUUUCGUUGAAUACUGUAACAAAGUGACCUGUAAGCAUAUUCAGGUUAAUGUGACUAUGUUUGAAACUAUAGCUGCUGUUUUUGUGUUUGGGGUUUGGUUUGAUUUUUUUUUUUUUUUUUUUGAAAGAGAAAUGUGCGUUACUACUGUUCAGGAACGUUAGUGUUGAUGUAGCACUUUAGCAUAUUCUAAUUUAUUUAGGUAUGGCCUAGAAUGUAGAUAUGAACUGGUCCGACAAAGCACUGAUCUCACUCUACAUGUAGCUGGUCCUGGUGUGCUCUGUGGGAAUGGACAAAAACUGUGACUGAAAUAUUAACGUUGCUGUAUAUUAUAGCGAUAGAUGAAACUAUUAAAACACUCUUAAAUAGAGUAAAUGGUACUUUUAUAGUUUUUUCAGUUGACAAAUUCCACUGAUUUGUCUGCUUUAGCCUCUUAGCUUUUCCUCAUUACUUCUUAAAAAUGACUGGAUUAAAUGAGGGUUUAGUUACUGGUGUGGGUAUAUAGUUGUGUGUAUAUACACACACAUGCAUGAGCACACACAAAGGUAAAUUAUGUGUAUAGUUUUUAUAUGUAUGAUGUCACUUAAAGGUAACUUAUAUAUGAUAAAGAGUAAUUUUUAGCUUUUUUUGUUUCAACAUAAAUACAUUCAUAGAAAUGUUAUGGUAUUUGGAAACUGUGUGACUACAGAAAAUGAGAGUUCCUCUGUCAAACAGCAUAGUCUACGCAAUGAUCACUGCCAGCUGACUUCACCUUUGGAGUCAGUAACAUCAACUCAAUUGUGAGUAGAUAAAUUACACCACAGCUCUGUUGGGUUUGCUAGCUACAUGUCAGUGUUUUGCCAAAUAAGGGCUUUGUUCAUUGUCUACAAGGUCAGAUACAAGUCUGAUUUUACACAGAUGCUCUUUUUUCUAUAUAAGUUAGUUGAUGGGAUUAUUUUUUGUGAAUUCUUACAUAACCACUUCAAUUUUUGUGACUGUACCUUGAGAAAUCUGUCCAGUGUGAUGUGAAAAAGAACCAGCAAUUUGUAAGAUGGUGAGAAAUUUUCUCAAGGGAACAUAUUCAUUUACUUCAUAAAUGUAGGAUCGAAUUCUGCCUUCAGAAAUGGGCAAAACUCUUCUAAACACGAUGGGACCAAUGUAAGCUCAUCUGAGAGCAGAAUUUGAGCUAUAAGGUCAUGCAGAGGCAUUUUCUUACCCCUGAAACCAGCUGUACAGAUAGAAAAUGUUUUAUGUGCUAAUUGGGAGAGUCAUCCAAUAAUCUGAUUUACUAACUUUAUGCUGCUGAAACCCUAUGAAAAUCUGAUCAACCUUUAAUGCACUAUGCUGGCAAAGAGAAAUAUGAUCUCAGAAGACAGUAUGCGGUAUAUCAUUUUAGCAACAGCAAUUAAAAAUACUAAGUAUUGGUCUGUAUCUGUCAUAGAUAAGAGCUACAGAAACAAAACAAGACCUCUUUAUGUGCAGUUUUUAGAAAUUAGUAUAUAUUCACAUGUCCUAUUCGUAUUGUUUUUGCAAAGUUCCACUGAAAUAUGAGGGUUAUACAUGUGAAAGGAAGUCAGGAUGCAGAACAAAUGGUAAGUGUUAUGUCAAUGCUUGUAGUUUCUUGGGUCAUGGAUCAAGUCAAGCUGAGAAAAAUAAUGUGGAGACACAGGACACUCCAUGAAAUUGUCAUAAAAGCUUUAGAUUUUAGGGUUUCUUUUUCUAAAAAUGUAAACUAGACUAUUUAAUGUGUCUAAAGCAGUCUUCAAAGUUGUCUCUGAGCUUUCUACCAUACAGAUAAAAAUGUUUCAUUUAAAGAAAAGUAGUUUCCUUCCACUGAUCUUAAUUUUAGUGAUAUCCUAAUUGUAAUAUCUUAAUUAUGGAUUCAUUCCCUGUAAUCUAUCAAGUGUACCUUAAACUUCUAAAACACAUACGACUAUUUUUGUCCAGUGUAAAUUAACAGAUUCCAAACUAUUGCUUUCAAUGGGAUAAAGAGAAAAUAUUGAUAUUUUUAAAUAUGUGGGAAUCAAAAACCAAAAAUGUUGUAAGCUCAGCAGAGAAUAUCUGAGUAUAUUACAAAAGAUGCAACUAUGUUUCAUAAAAAGUGUGAUUUCUUUUUUUUCAAAAAAAAAGAUUCCUCAGAAUGUAUUUCCCAUAAUGGCCUUUAAAGCAUUUACCAAAGUGUUAGUUAAUCUUUUUUAUUUUCUUUGGAAAUUACUUUUCACUGCUAGAGGAAGUUAAAUUAUGUGGGUAAGGGACAGUGGAACUGGGUUCUUUGUGGAAGAAAGAUUUGAGCUGUAACACCUAUCUUCAGACACAUUGCACUGUCUCUACUUUCCUUCUGUAGCACUUAGUUGGCAUUGCAGUGCUGCUUGUGAAGGGGCAUGGCCAAUAUUUCCUUAUCAGACAUCUGCCAGAAUCUUUAAAAUGCUGUGAUCAAUAGAGCAAGCUCACAGGACGAAUUGCUUCUUGCUGUCCUGGGUGGGGGGGAAAGGAUCUUAAAAAAAAAAAAAAAAAGUUUAUAAUAAAAAAGCUUUUGUUGCAUCUCCCUCAUCGCUUUGCUCUAUUGUGAAGGAGGCUAGUGAAAAAGAAUAAGCUGCUGCUAAUGUGACAGGUCAAGGCUUUUAGAAGGCCCAUGGGGAGCUUAUACAGAGCAGAAUCCUUGGGAGGAGGCUUUGUUUCUAAGGAUGGAAUCUAUCCAUGAGAAACUCUGGCUUUGCUUGGUACUUGUUUCCCUCUGCCUUUGACCAUGUUUUUCAGAAGAGCUGCUGCAGGAGAUGAAUAGCCCAACAAAAGCCUUACUAUUUGGGGAGCUGUGUUCCCUCAGCACAUGACCUUAAAUGAGAAAGCAGCCUGUAAUUCACAAGGAAUUUCCUCAGCAAUUGCAGGAGUCUGCUUCCUAUAGUGCUUAAUAUGGGAGAUAUUAAAGAAGAAUCAGUUCAUAUUAGUUUUCAAUAUAUUAUGUGUCAAGAUACUUGAAACAAAAGGGGAAGAAAUAUCUAGCCACAUAAUAGAAUGUUACAAAGUUCUUAAAUAAAACAUCUUAUACUGUGCUUCUUCAAAAAAAAGGAAAAAAAGUCAAAUAAUUUGACUGCAUGCCUAUACCUCAAAAUAUACCAGCAGAUUCUGUUGCGUGUCUUCAUUGGGUUUUGGAAUUUUUUUUCAGAUUCAUGCCUACAAAAAGAGCUUGUGCGUGACUUUUCACGGAAGGUUUCUGAUUGUUAGAAUCCAUCUGUAUAAUUUUCAAAUUCUAAUCCCACUUUUUUUUGCUUUUAACUGUUAUUUGUCUAACAUUUUAGAAAUUACAUAUUUAUGCAGUCAAAGAAUGUGCAUUUUACUUCAAAUUUUUUUAGAGACCCUUAAAAUGAGGAAAUAAUGUUAAUUUAUCAUUUCCAAGCAUCAUGAGCACGUUAAUAACAUUGUUACAGGAGUGUGUGGGAAAACUGCUGUUUCAUCCAGCAAACGUGCACAUGGUAUGUGAGGAAUUUUCAUUGUGCCCAGAAGAAAUUCACAAGGAAUGUCGAAAGUGAACCUCAAAAAGGAAGGACGUUUGUAUAGGCAUAGUUUACAUUUUAUUCAUUAUUUUCAACUGGAGUUAUCUUUUCCUCUCUAUGGUGUCAUGAAAACCUGCUAUGUAAAGUAUUAUUCAGACUGCAGUGGAAAAAAUAUUUUCCCAGUCUGAUCCGAUAUUUGUUUCCUGCUUAGUGUGCACACCUAAAUGUACAUGUGUUGCAAACCAUGGGAGGGAACGUGUGAAGCAGCUUCAAGCAAGCCUCAGCCCUAAAGUAGCAAUAAGGGCUGGUGAUGCCCAAGGCAGAGAGAUACGAGGGCACCACUGGGACUCAAAGCAGGACGGCAUCCUCAGCAGGUGUGAUGUGUCCUAUAGUUCCUCACAGCUCUCCUACAGAGAUGGUGCUCUGAGACCACGCUUCCCCAUUUGUCAGAACAGGAAACUUUUUCAAAGUAGAUUGGCUUGGCAGAAAUGGUACAGCUUGUGUCCUAGGUGCAUGGCCAUACAUUGGAAUGGCACCAUGCACAAUCCACAACCCUCAGUGCUGCAGGCACCUGUAUGCAUCAGAAAGUGCUUGCAUGUAGCAUAGCAAGGGACCGCCCGUAGUACUGUGAACCUCUGUGAAAUCUACCCAUUGGUUUCCCACCAGCCCCAGGUUUGCCACUAGCUGCCCUCAAGGAAUGUGAGCUGUAGCUGGGAAAGGGUGCUUCUCAUGGAGGCAUUUGUGCUGAGUCAGUGCCGAGUGACGCUUACUCUGCUCUUGACUGUGGUUAAAGCAGAGUGCCAGUGUUCUGCCUGCCCAUUUGCAAGAUUUAUUCGCUAAGCAGAAUGGAGCAGUGGCAAAGAAGAACACUACUUUUUAAUGAUCAUCUUGACAGUACUCUGAUGCACAGAUGUCUCGUGGAUCUUACAGACAAUAGAAAUUUCUGGAGAGGGAGAAAAGGUUAAAAUUAGCCUGCAUGAAUACAUUUCUACAGUGAGCCAAAUCAGUGGGGUUUCACUGAGUGCAAGCCAGCUCAGAGUGCUUGGCCUUUCAGGGAGGAGAAAGGAAAAAGAAAAAAACUAAAAUUAGUAGAUUCUUAAGCUUUAGAAUUGCUGGUCUGGUUUGCAUGUUCUCUUUGUUUCCUUUUCUGCUCACACUCUUAAAAAAAGGUACCUACUUAUUUAAAAAUAAAAUAAAUGUCAGGCAAUUGUUAAAAUAAUGGUUUCUACUCAAAUCCUACAAUUUCAUCCUGAUAUCUGUAUUGUGGGGGGGCUGUUUCGGUUGUAUUUUGAAGGGAAAUGUUGAAAGAUUCUUUUGAGAAGGCAUUAGUGUUGGAUGAAUUCACUGUGCUAACAUCUUCACUUUUACCUACUACUACUACUUCAAAAAAAAAGCUACUUUAAAGCAUCUUACUUAGCAAUGGUAUGACAGCUAGUAAUAAUACUUCCAUUUUUACCUUUCUAUUUAACAUAUACUACCUUUUUUAAAAAAAGUAUAGA